CUGGCAGCUCUAGCUUGCCAACAUGGGUCGUCUUCGUCGUUCUCGCACACAUCACGCCCAAAGAGACGUACACAGAGCAGCGCGGACAAGGGCCCGGACGCGCGAUUUGGACCAGAUACAGUUGAUAGAUCUCGACCCCAAGAACCGCGCUGCGCUUGAAGCACAACCGCUCGACUACGAAAAGCCCGGUCUUGCACAGCAUUACUGCGUGGAGUGCGCGAAGUACUUCGAGUCAGACCACGCUUUGCGAGCACAUUGGAAGGGCAAAGUACACAAGCGCCAAUGCAAGCUUCUCAAGGACCCUGCGUACACAAUCGAGGAAGCCGAGCGGGCUGCGGGUCUUGGAAAAGAAGGAAAACGUCCGACACCGACGAAUACUGCUCCCGAGCAGGAGAUGACCGUAUGAUAUCCCCGGAUUAGACUUCGUGUAUCACUUUGGUGCGAUUAAGUUAUUGAUUUUGCUGUACUGCUACAUUCACC